GAAAAUACAGAUUUAAAGCACAAGGGAAGAAAAAGCAAUGAAAAUCUUUUGUUUUUUAGGUGACCGGAAUGAGAAGAUGAAAAAUCAAAUUAAGCAGAUGAUGGAUGUCUCUCGGACACAGACUGCAAUAUCGGUAGCUGAAGAGGAUCUAAAACGAUUACAACUUAAGCUAAGAGCCUCCAUGUCCACUAAAUGUAACCUGGAAGACCAGAUAAAGAAAUUGGAAGAUGACCGCAACUCACUGCUAUCUGCCAAAGAUGGACUGGAAGAUGAGUUCAGAACCCUGAGGCUGAAAGGGGAGAUUCUGAAUGAACUGUAUCAGCAGAAGGAGAUGGCUUUGCAAAAGAAAUUAAGUCAAGAAGAGUAUGAGCGACAACAAAGAGAGCAGAGGCUAUCAGCUGCUGAUGAAAAGGCAGGUUCGGCUGCAGAGGAAGUAAAAACUUACAAGCGGAGAAUAGAAGAAAUGGAGAAUGAAUUACAGAAAACAGAGCGAUUAUUUAAAAACCAGAUAGCUACCCAUGAGAAGAAAGCUCAUGAAAACUGGCUCAAAGCUCGUGCUGCAGAAAGAGCUAUAGCUGAAGAGAAAAUGGAAGCUACAAACUUGAGACACAAGUAUGUGAUUUUGAUGCCUAUGUUUUCAGUGUUACCUCUUAAGGAAUUGGAUUCUGUUUCAUAUUUAAGUCUUUCUUAAAUACUCUUUCUCUAUAUUCAAGACUAUUAGAA